GGUUAGCAAUGAGUAUUUUGCCCUGAUUUUCAGUGUGAACUGUAUGUGUGAAAGUAUGCUUGUAGUCAAAGCCAUUAUGGCAUUUCCACUUGGAAGAGAAAGAGAGACUUGGAUUCAAAACCAUUAUAGCAUUUUCAGCAAUUCUACUUUACUUUUCCAGUACCCAAUUCCCUCUUUUUUCUUAUCUUUUCCUCGUCUCUCUUGUAUAUAUUGAACCAAAAAGCCAACUUUUUUCAGGUCUCUCACACACCAAGCCAUGAAAGAUUCACAAGGUACAUCUGAGCUAUGCCCUAUUCUGAAGUCGUUUUCCAAUAAAGUAGGAGUCUUAUUCUGCUGCCAUAGUUUGCCAAACAUUUAUAAGAGAUUAGAUACUGAGCUUGAAAGGAAAAUGAUGGAGAUAAAGAGAAAUUCUUUAGGGAAUAACAGAUUCAGAUCAAUUGAUAGCAUAAUCCUGAAAUUUCCUCAGAUCAGAGAUGGACUGAAAGUGAUCAGAGGUGUAUUCGAAAAGUUUGACGAAGAUUCAAAUGGAACUGUUGACCACGAAGAACUGAAGAAAUGCUUGCAGAAGUUACAGUUUCAUGUCAGAGAGGAAGAUAUCGAUGAUCUUUUCUAUUACUGCGACAUGAAUGAAAACGAAGGGAUACAAUUCAAUGAGUUCAUUGUUCUUCUUUGUCUCAUUUAUCUCCUCAAGGAUUGUUCAUCCUCGUUUAGCACAACAUUGAAGAUGGAAUUGCCACAAAUUGAUGCCACCUUUAAUACAAUAAUUGAAGUAUUCUUGUUUCUUGACAAAAAUGGUGAAGGAAAGCUGAAAAAGAAAGACGUUGUCAAGGCAUUAAACGAGGCUUCUCCUCGGGAGAAAUCUCCUUCCUACAUCACAAGGGAUCGAUUUAAAGAAAUGGACUUGGACAGAAAUGGAAAAAUAAGCUUCAGGGAAUUUCUAUUUGCAUUCAUUAAAUGGGUCGGGAUCGAUUCUGAUGAUGAUGAUGAUGAUGAUGAUCCUGAGAUGCAAAAUUAAUAAGAGUGCAGAAUGUCAAAGAAACUGAAACAGGGAAACUAUCUGGAGGUCUGAGUUAUGCAUCAAACAGUUAAUUGUAUAUAAAUACUGUCGUGUUUAUCUUCUGUAAUUUGUUUUUCUGAGUGUUAUGUAAUUUCUUCACAUUUAACUGUUUUAAGUUGAUUUAAAAUUUUAGAAUUUGCACU